UCAGGCGAGCUCGCGUGCCGUCUUCGUAGGCUUUGAACCCGUGCACAAAGCAGCGCACGUGCAGACUCUUCGCGCGAACUCUACUUUACUCUACGCGUGACAUGACGCUUUCACUCGCACGUUGGUAUGAAUCCGAGCUGCCUUCAGCCGGCUCGCUGAGCCACCGACUAUCCCCAUGCCUCCGCUCCAACGCUACUCCUAUGGUACCGACGCAGCUUUCUCUGACGAUCCCAGCCGGGCUACGCGGAAAACUCGGAGGGGAGCUGGAGUUGCUACCAUACAAUGGAUGCUUGAGACGGCGGCUCACACCUUUGACCAUCGCCCUUUCUCCUCACUUCCCAGAAGAUUACGUCGCCAUAAUUUUCCUUUCAUCCUAUCCUCACCCUCAAGCUCUCUUCUUAGUCCAGUGGCGCAGCACCAAGUUGAACUUCCCACGAACUUCCCUUCUUUCAUAUCACUCAAUGAACUUGUCUUUCCCCUUGGAGUUCCAGCUAUUCAUCUUCCCCAUCCAUCCGAAGCCCUUCUCUGAGUUGCCGUCAUCACCAUCUCCGCCUUCUCUCACGCCGCCGGUCCACAAAGCAUGUCCCCCAAAGCCACUUUGGCAGUUCGCAUCUUCCCUUACCUGCCCAUCACACGUACGCGCCGCCCACACCGGCGGCAUACGCUUCGAGAAGCCCUCCUGCGGCCCCGCGAUGUCGCUGAUCCUUCGCGUCUUCGCGCUCGUCAUCAGUCGAACGCUGGUCACCGUCCAGCAGCUUCUCGCCCAUCGGGUGAUAAGCCGCGUCCCGGAGCGCGCCAGGCCUCGAUUCCCCUCGUCAAUCAGGCGUAGCGCGUCGCCCGAUAUCGCGCGAUAUAGGAAUCCAUCCUGCCAGUGUCAAGCAUCUCCGGCGUUAGCACAUUGCUUCAUGAUCUACGUAACGAAGAGGGCGACUCGGACGCCGGUCCCCUCGGCUUCCUCUUGUCAUGGCGCUGCGCUUUGUUCUGCUCGGAGUGCACGGGACCGCAUACAUCUUCCCAUGAUAGGAAGCCCGUGUCGCCACUCAAAGAGCAUCUACCCACAGCGCUUUGUUGUCCAAGGUCCCGAGGAGCGCACGAGACUCGCUAUACCUUCCCAGGAUAUGCACCCGUCGGUCUUCUGAGGCGUUCGACGCCUUCUUUGCGCGGCUACCUUGUGCAUGGACACACACUCAUCACAGCCCUCUAUUCAGGACCUCACCCAUCUAUUCAGAGCAUACCGGUCAUACCGACUU